CCUCCCUGUUAUUUCUGUCCCGGUCGUUUUGAUCAACGUGGUUAUUUCUGGAAUGCUACUUGUGCCGGUCAUUUUAUUGUGGCCUCUGAUUCGUGUCCGGAGGGCACGUCAGGCAAAGCAUUUUGGUACUGUGACUUGGAAACAUUAGAUUUUGUACCCCUUCAACCUAAUCGAGUGGGUUGCAUCCCGACCUGGAUUGAAAACGUGGUGGAUCAAGCUAAUACACCAAAUUCAGAUCCCAAAGAAAUUACCUCUCUUAUUCUCGAAAACAUUUGCCAUUUCAACACGUCUUUGGAACAAAUUACUAGCGGGACUCUGAUCAAAAUCAUCGAGGUUGGGUUCUUGCUUCCCAUCCGUAUGACAGAUCCUGGAAAUGAAAUGAACUACCACCGAAACGUCACCAACACAUUCGACAUUGUACUGGACUACGUCCAAAUCGUCAGUGAUCUACUCCAUCAUGAACUAGCUUGGCUGGAAUAUGACGACGAUCUUAUUUUACAAAACUCUACUAAUCUGUUGAAGAGCGCCGAAAAUAUUGCUUUCUUCCUUCUCCAAAUUGAGGGUGCCAAAGUUGGCUUUGAUCGUCUGAUCACAGAUUCCCGAGACGAGGUGCGAAUGUAUACUCAGUCUACGUUUUCCCGAAAUGAAUCCCUUCCAACAAUGCCAAGACCUCCAUUUAUUCAAUUGGAUGGUCCAUCGCUAAUCUGGGGAGACUGGCGCUCCGUUGGGAUCCAGUUUUGCACCCAAGGGAUUUUUGACCAGAUUUUUCAUCCCUCGAGGAAUGAUCUAGGCUUAACCUCGGUGGAGUUGCAUUCAGUGGCCAAGAUCAGCACUUUUUCCAUCAACGAAUGGACACCUUUGGCAAGUGAUGGAACAGUUAAAGUGUCCUUCGAUCAUACCAAUGAAACCGAGGUUCGUGGGACCCGAUAUUGCGUAUUUUGGGACGAGGAGGAGCUCCAAUGGUCUCAAGGAGGAUGUGUGUUAAGUUUCGAAUCGACUUUACUAAACACCGUUUGCAUUUGCAAUCACACCACGAAUUUUGCUGUUCUUUUUGACGUUGGUGGUGUGUUGGAUGAUCUCUCCGAUGUAGCCCUGACCUUCCUCAAUAUUCUGUCUACCAUUCUUUGCACCGUUUCAGCCAUAGGAACACUCUUAACAUUCGCCAUCCUGCUCUUCAGCAAGUUGCCUUCUAGUCCUCGCACAAUCAUUCAGAUGAAUCGAGCAUUUUCUUUGUUCUGCUUGUAUCUUCUGUUUCUCUUGGGGAUUGAUCCGACCAUUUUGGGGUUGCCAGAUUGGAUGUGCAGAGGCGUGGCUGUCUUUAUCCACUUCUUUGGUCUGAGUUCCUUCUUCUGGACAAGUUUGGAGGGCAUUCAACUGUAUCGAGCCUUGGUGAACAAGAGGCUCUCUGAUGAUGACGGUCGAUACUUCAAACUUCUUCGGUUCGUGAUUGGAUAUGGCAUCUCCUUAGUGAUCGUGUUUCUGACACUGGUGAUCCAAUUCGUACUGGACGCUGACAACGCUUAUGAGCAUGAGAAUGAUGAACCUGAGGAUGAAAUCGCUUUGUGCUGGCUAAGAGAGAAUUCGUUCAUUUGGGCCUUUGUUGGACCCGCUUUGGCCGUCAUUCUUCUCAACUUCAUUAUCAUGCUGCGAACAGUUAAGGUGGUGUACCGGGUUCAAAAACGGAUCAAUCGACGCGGUUUGGCUGAAGUUAAGGGACACCUCAAGAGUUGGACCAUUCUCACCUUUCUCCUAGGGAUCACGUGGGCGUCUGGCCUUCUCAUUAACAAAGUCACUGCCAAAUAUGGCGCGUACAUAUUCGUGGCUCUGAAUGGAAGUUUGGGCAUUUUCACCUUCAUUCACUCGAUCCUACUCAACCCAAGCGUUCUCGGGGAAUUGAAGAUCCGAUUAGGCAUUCUGGACAAGAACGAGUUCAAUCUGAACUUAGGCGGGGAUCGAGCCAAUGCUCUAAAGCAAUACACGAGAAAAAACCGACGGCAAGGCAUCAAAAGUGAGCUUCGUCAUCAUCAGCGACCGGAAUACGUGACGGAGAACUCGCUCGAAAUGUCAUCCCCUGAUGAAUGCUCCUUGCCCACUUCUUCUAUUGGAUCGAGUCACAGGAGUCCAAGGCAGGUUCCUAGACUGCUCAAUGUGCCCGAACCCAAUAGACCAGGAUUCCUUUUUGGUCGAAGGAAAAGCAGUAUUGCCCAACUCUCUCAUCGGGAUCGGAGCCAAAUGGUGUCUUCUCAGCAAUCGUCCUUUCCACGAGUAAUCUUGGCCCAAGGCGUAGGUAGGGCAUUUGCGGUACCAGGUCCAUCUAAACGGAUUAAUGGGUCCAUUUAAAGUAUUAAUCAAUAGACUAUGUUUAUUCAAAUUCAUGUACAUCGUAGUCGAAUAAUAAAAAAUCAUUUUGAUAUAUUUUGAAAAAA